AUCCACUGGAAUAAUUUAGCUGGUGCCUGGUUGUUCAGAAAUUGUCGAUUUUUGUGCAAAAAAUGAUUAAAUAAAAGGUGUGAUUUUGAUUCGGAAGGGAUUAUGGCUUCGCGCAGGAUGUCCCCAGCGCCAAAGCCAGAGGUUUCAUCCCGCCCUGGAUCGCCUGCAGUGCAUUCUGUAAGCAGCGAGCAAGCAUUCCUGGAAACCUACUUUCUUCUUUUAAGUCAAUUUGGUUUCGAUAAAGCCAAAGAGUCGGCUGAAAAAGAAAGUAAUUCAAAGAAAGGCCAACUUGCUGGUAUAUCACCAUGGUUUGCAUUGAUUAGCAGUUUGAUUGUACUUGCUGAAGCAGAAAAAACCUACUCAUCUUUUUCAUUUGUUGUGAAGAAAAGAUUUCGAAAGGAUUCCCUGAUUUCGCACUAUCAAACACUUGAAAGAGAAUCAGAUAAGUUAUGUGAAGUCUGUUCUGGUAAACAUGGAACAGUUCCUUUAAUACCUGAGGUUAUAAGCCAUGGUUUGUUAGCUGAACUUUGCCGCCAUCUUAACCAGUUUGUGAAAGCAAGACAAGAGAGCAUGAGGCUUUAUGAAAACCUUGGCGCAGUUGGAGUGAAUGUUCACGCAAACAAUAGUUCUGGGAUUAACUAUGUUGAAAUGGCAAAAUCAGUGGAGGCUUUGAAAAAUAAGAAUUCAAAAUUGUUCCAUCAUCCUAUUUUAGAUCCAAUAAAAUCAUCAUUCAGUGUUGAAAUGGACAUACUUCAUCAUAUAUUACAAGCUCAGUGUGAUUUGGCUGAUUGGAAGUUUCUGCCCUCGCUGCUGCAUCUUCAUGAAAGCAAAGCCAAGCUCUUCUCAUGGAAUAAAGUGUUGUCACCAUCAGUUGUUAAAGAUUCGUUCACAGGAUCUCUAACUGUAAAGAAACGAUUUGGUGGGGGAUCCAGGAGACAAAUCGAAGUUCCACUGUUGUUCCAGUGGCUGGCAAGAUUUCACGCGACACUUGUUUCUAAGUUUUCGCUCUAUUUCCACGCAACUCUUAGCGAACAAACAACGCCAUCAGAAAUGAAGAGUCUCACUGCGAAGGCAAACGUUGACUACGUCAGCAAGAUUGCAUCCUUCACGCGUCGAGCUGAUGUAUCUUACGUUUGUUUGGUCCUCAACACACGCGAUCUGAAAGAAACGUACAAGGGUCCUGGUUACCACCUCCCGCAUGUGAAGAUAGAGUUACCAACUGGAAUACAUUCUUACCCCGCCGUUUUUAGCUAUCCUAAUGAAUGCCCUACAAAUCUUUGGCCAUCAAUAGUAUCUCUCAUUCAAGACCGCGAACUGUUCUUAGCCCAGGAAAAGAUCGUUUAUUUUUACGACGAAAGAACGCAAAAUACAUAUUUUCUGGCAAAAGUUGACAUUCGAAUGACUUUGGUCGCCAUUUUCAAAGCGAAGAAAAAUGAAAGAGAUUCUUAUGUCGUCAAUUUUUUUCAAGAUGUGACGAGCGAUUUACGGAACACAAAUGUUCUGAAUGUACUUAUUAAAGCAACGUAGAGAUUGGAAGGAGAUGUUCUUAUGAAAAAUACAUUUCAAUUCUACAAUAAUACACAGUUUUGAAUGAAAAUGAAAAAUGCGUGGACACGAAAACGUCAAACGUCCGAAGUUCAACAUGCCGGGUCAAUAAUUCGGUGAAGAAAUUGUGAAACGGCUUUACGGAUUUUUACAAUUUAAAUAAAUUAUGUUUCUGUAAUUUCUCUACAAGUUACACGGCUCAGCUCGCAAAGAAAGUGUGAACCGCAUUCACUUUUAUAGAGUUUUAAACAGAUUUUUAUCUUGAAAUAAAGAAGAAAGAUCCCCGAAAAUAGAACAGAAUCAACGAAGAUAAAAAAUAAAAACUUUAUAUAAUAAAACUUUAAAUAAAAAUAUUAAGCAGAUUCUAUGAUCUGUAAAAUGCCUUUAGUACGAAGUAAAGAGAUUGCAAGUGGUAGUUGGAUAAAGGCAACACAGACAUCACUUGUUAAAAUACCAGCAUCAGUGGUAAAAAGUGCACAGAUAAAAAUAUCCCGAUGUUCUUAUUUUGUGACUCUUUUGCCUAAUCUUUUUCAGACAAAUUUUAAAUAAUUUGUGGACAACCUUUUGAAACAUACCAACAAUAUUUUAACUCUUUUUGAAAGUAAAUCUAACACAAGUUAUACUAUAGUUAUACUAUAGUUACAUCAUUAU